AUGAUGGUGCCUUUCAAAGAAUCCGGCCAUGCUCUGCUUCUCCUCCUAACAACGGUACUAAUUCUGGGAUCCUUUGCCGCUAACUAUGAGGACUUUCUCAUGAAGCACUAUGACAAUCCGAAGAGCAGUGUUGGAAACCGCUACUGCAAUGCCAUGAUGCAAAGACGGGGGAUGACCAGACCCAAAUGCAAGCAGGUCAAUAGCUUUAUACAUGACACCAAGGCUGACAUCAUUGCUGUGUGUGCUGAAAAAGGGGUGCCUUAUGGGAAUGAACUGCGGUGUAGCAUGAGGCUAUUUCGGGUCACCACUUGCAGUUUGAAAGGUUCUGGCAUGCGGCCACCUUGUGACUACAGAGAAACUAGUUCACCCAAAAAAAUAGUCAUCAUGUGCGUGUAUGGAAAACCUGUACGCUAUGAGGAAGGCAUUGCAGUAUUCCAAAAUGAAGAUGCCGCAAUGACGAAUGUGCAGGAAGAUGAAUGA